UGGAAGGCGCCGGAAGUGGUCGUGCUGAGGAGGGGUGGGAGAGGGGUGGGCCAGGCAGUUCACUUGGUUGUAGCUGGGCGCCUCGAUAAGGCGUACAUUCACUUCUUUCCGAGAGCCUGGCCCAGUGUCUCUGCCUCGGCCAACAUGGAUUUCAGGGAAAUUCUCCUGAUAGCUUCCAAAGGACAGGGUGUCAACAAUGUGCCGAAAAGGUAUAGUUUGGCAGUGGGGCCUCCCAAAAAAGACCCGAAAGUUAAGGGUGUCCAAUCUGCAGCCGUUCAGGCUUUUCUCAGAAGAAAAGAAGAGGAGCUCAGGCAAAAAGCUUUAGAGGAGAAAAGGAGAAAAGAGGAACUAGUGAAAAAGCGAAUUGAGCUAAAACAUGACAAGAAAGCAAGAGCUAUGGCGAAAAGGACAAAGGAUAAUUUCCAUGGUUACAACGGGAUUCCCGUUGAGGAAAAGUCAAAGAAGAGGCAGGCAGUGGAAAGCCACACUAGUCAGGGAACAGAACAAGAGUAUGAGAUGGAAGAAGAAGAUGAAUUCUUAGAAUACAAUCAAGCAGAGUCAGAGCAGGAGUAUGAGGAAGAGCAAGAACCUCCCAAAGUUGAAAGCAAACCAAAGGUCCCCCUUAGAAGUGCCCCACCACUCAUGAACUUCACUGAUCUACUCAGGCUGGCUGAGAAAAAGCAGUACGAACCAGUGGAGAUCAAGGUAGUGAAGAAAACAGAAGAGCGGCCCAUGACUGCAGAAGAACUUAGGGAGCGAGAAUUCCUUGAACGAAAGCAGAGGAAAAAGAGACCUGAGACAGAUGCAAGACUACCUCCAACCAAAAAGGCACCCUCUCAGAAAGAAAGUGUGGGCACAAAACUUAGCAAACAUCCUUCCAGGGGUACUCCCCUUCCUCAUGCUGAGAAGAAAUCCAGACCCAGCACAGCCAAUGAGAAACACUUAGGUGUGUCUUCAUCCAAAUCCAUGCCAGGAGAGAGGACCAAAGCAGGAUCUGUCAAUUGCUCUCAACCCUUACUUCGUGAGGGCCAUGACAGACCUGUCUUCAAUGGGGUUGGAAAGCCCCACUCCAGCACCUAUUCAUCAAGUGUCCCAAAGACUUCUGCUAAGGGGACUCAGAAAUCUGCUACUGAGCACAAAGCCAAAAAAUCUCCUCCCCAUCCUAGCCAUUCCAGGCCUGGGUCCAUGGUUACCCCACACAAUAAAGCUAAGAGUCCAGGUGUCAGGCAGCCGGGCAACAGCUCCAGCUCAGCUCCUGGACGGCCCGGCACAGGGACUGCUCGGCCUACAGUUAGUUCUGGCCCCGUGCCCAGGCGCCAGAACGGCAGCUCCAGCUUAGGACCUGAGCGAUCGGUCAGUGGGACCAAGAGGCCAGCCAGUGACUUCAGUCUCUCUGGACGGACACUCAGUGGUACAGGUGGCCCUGGGCACCCUGCAAGCAGCUCAAGUGGCCCUGGGCGACCCACCAGUGGCUCAGGUGGUUCUGGGAGAGCUCUGGGCAGCUCUGGUGGCCCCGGGCGGCCUGUGAGCAGUCCACAUGACCUUCGACGACAAGUGAGUGGCUCUGGCCCCUCUGGGCGGCCAGUCAGUGGCCCUGGGCGGCCAGUCAGUGGCCCUGGGCGGCCAGUCAGUGGUCCUGGGCGGCAAGUCAGCGGUCCUGGGCGGCCGGUCAGCGGUCCUGAGCGGCCAGUCAGCGGCCCUGGGCGGCCAGUCAGUGGUCCUGGGCGGCCAGUCAGUGGUCCUGGGCGGCCAGUCAGUGGCCCUGGGCAAUCAGUAAGUGGCUCAGUUCCAGCUGGACGGACUGUCAGUAGUUCAGGGCCCGGAAGACCGGUGAGCAGCUUGGGACCCGGGCGACCAGUUAGUAGCUCCAGUCUCCCCCUAAAGCCCAAGUGUACUGUUGUCUCAGAAACAAUUUCUUCCAAGAAUAUAAUUAGCCGAUCCAGCAAUGGACAGAUGAAUGGAAUGAAGCCUUCCUUAUCUGGCUACAGAUCUGCCCAAGUUCCUCAAAGGCCUCCCUUCCCUAGUGGUUACAAAAGGCAGCGAGAAUAUGAAGAGGAGGAAGAUGAUGAUGAAUAUGACUCUGAAAUGGAAGAUUUUAUUGAAGAUGAGGGAGAACCUCAGGAAGAAAUAUCCAAGCACAUUCGAGAAAUCUUUGGCUAUGACCGAAAAAAAUACAAAGAUGAAAGCGAUUAUGCCUUACGUUACAUGGAGAGUAGCUGGAAAGAGCAGCAGAAGGAAGAAGCAAAGAGUUUGAGACUAGGUAUGCAGGAGGACUUAGAGGAAAUGAGACGUGAAGAAGAAGAAAUGAAGCGUCGAAAGGCCAAGAAGCUGAAGAAGCGUUAGCUGCUGCUUUUAUUUAUUUUUGUGAAAUUCUGGAGACACUCUGCUGCAAGGAGGUCCUGCCUUCAGAAUGAAGAAGCCCCUUUAUGAUUUUAGAUUUAUACUUGGGUACUCAAGGAGAAGGAAUGCAUACUAUCAUUUGCAGGCUGUCAUUGGAGCAUGAAGUAUUUUCAGAUACUUUCCAGGGUUAAAUCUGUAAUGCAGAUGAUAGAAUGCCCAGUUGAGUGCUCUUAGGAAGUUAACUGUUCACAGGUGCCAGCCUUGAUCCUGAUGAGCUAUGCACUCUGAUGUGGGGCCGCUCACCAGUCAGCCAAUCUUACAUUGUUCCUUUGCUACUUUGAAAAGGAAAAAAAAAAGGAUUGCCUCAUGACUUCCUAACUCUGCUGUUGUGUGAGUAGGGCACUGCCCGGCUCCCAAUCAAACUUACUUUGUCUUUUAAUGAGGAACCUGGCCCUUCCAUGAAUGUUGCCAGCAAUAAAGUGACCUGUCCUAAUCUAUAUGUUUGGAUUGAGAACUUGAAAAUGUAGAGUAGGCUUUAUAAUUAUCGUAUGGAUGUCAUCUCUGUGACUUUGAAGUAAAAAUAGAAUAAAUUAUAUUGUAUUCUGCAUUAUUCGUGGAUUGGAUGCUGAGCAUUCUUAUACACUAAUUUAGGUGAUAAGGCAAUUAACAAAAAAAUUUUUUCAAGUUAAAAUACAAGUUAUGCCAUUUAGUUUAAAAAUACUUGUUUCCAAGUUUUCCUUUCAGAUUUCCUGUUAUGUUGGCUUUAAAAUAGACAAGGUCACUGUGCUGAUUGAUUUUUAUCUAAAAAAUUCAUUUUUAUAUUGAAGAAAAAUGCUUAUUUUAUUCAAACAUUAGAUUUGGUAGAGUAAUAGUUUAAAAACUGAGGAAGUGACAUGUGAGACUCCCCUCUUCCCUCAUUCUAAAAAUAUUUUGGAAAAAGGUGCCCCUGUACCUCUUGAUAUUAAUGACCGUGUUUUAUCUUAAGUUCUUUAGCAAUUAAUGGCAAAAACCAAAAACUAAAUCCAUGUGUAUCAAGAGCACCACCUUCUCUUUUUGCCCAUAUUGCACUUUUAUUUCAAACUAUGCACUGUGAAGAGAUUUUUUUCCCAGGUAGAAAAGGAUGUUCCCUGUUACUAGUGCUUUACUGGGCUGUGGAACUUUCUUCAUUCUCACUUUUUUUCAAGUCGUAUUUGUAGACUUGAUAUCUCUUAAGCCUCAAAUCCAGGCAGUUCCAAUCAGGCUGACAUAGAUUCUGGCUGGAGAGAAGCCAAGUCUAAAGGAAAGUCAGCAAUAGAAAAUGAGAUAUGAUGAUGCUAGAGAACAUUUGUCCUUCUUGAUUCUAAAUGUGGAGGGUUGGGGGCAGUGGGACAUAAGCUUGCAAAACAGUUCCAAACGUUGCUUUCAUGUAUUCCUUUUUAUCCAUAAAGCUUUCUUUAUUCUUCAAGUUUGGUAGUAUAGAUUACUAUUGUUAGCCUCCUUUAAUGGGACAACCAUGUGACCCAGACCCUUAAGACUCUGACUCAUUUUGAAUUGAGUUUCAAAUUUCAGAAGUGCAAGGAUUUAACUUUGAAGCUGAAUCCUAUGAAAGAGGUCUUCAUCACUAGGAAUAACACCUUUUCUAAUGAUCCACAUGGAACUGUUAACACUGGCAGAAAAUCCUGUCAACUGCCUCUCACCCAUCUCAAAUACCUUCAGUGAAAUUGGUUUAAGGAUAGUGUGAUAUUCAUGUAAUGAAACAGGUUUGGAACAUUAUUUCCUUUGCUGUCACUUUUGUGCCCCCCCCAAAUGUUUUUUUCUUGGAUGUAUUUUUUCAAUAUUCAGACUCUUUGAAAAUCUAUUACAAUCAAGUGCUUAUCAUAGCCGAAAGAUUUCUCGUGGCUUAAAGUUUACUAGCACUUUACUCAUUGUGCAGUUAUUUGUACAUAAAGGCACCACUGUGCUAGGUAAAAGUUCCAGAACUUUAUAAUACUCCAGAAGUAUUAUAAGAGAUGCUACUAUCCUAGAGUCAGGAUUACAUAGUGUUGCUCAUGGAUUUUGAGUUCACGUUUCUUUCCAUAAAGAGUCAGGUUGUGUCCUUAGGCGUUAUCACUUUUGAGUGCAUUUCUUCUACAGAUGAUAUUAUUCUUCAGCAUCAACAUUAUAAAAGGGCACUUCUGUAGCUCAAUUAAAAAGAAAGUCCUGAGAAAGUCUUUUAAAUUAGUCUUGGCCUUGUUUCCAAAUCUUGUCUUCCAUUUUGUUCUGCAGUUCCUAACCACUCUUACAAAAAGCCCACAAAUCUUUGAAGAAACUGGAAUAAGCUAUUAUUUUAUUAAGGUUUACAAAUUAAGUGCUUGGUUUUUAAUGUAUCCUCUACCACUUUGGUUUUCAGAUUUUAUUAAUUCAGUAUCUGAAGAUGUGCCUUUUAUUGGGUAAUGUUAAUUCACGAAUGUAGUAAUGUUAUUUCACGACUGUAAUGUUACAUGAUCAUGGGUGUGGCAUUCUCUAACAGAUGAUGUGAAAGGAAAGUAGUUUUCAUAAAACUCAUAUGGCUCUGAUUGCACAGUCCCACUUGCUUUUGAUAUUGCUCUGUCAAAGCAAGGGGCACUUUCUUUUAAGGCUACUUUCAGAACUUGUCUUUGUAUUUUCUCUAAACUAUAAAUGCAGUUAUGUCCAUUUGGAGGCCAGGGUACCACAUGUCACAGACAGCCUUACAUGUGUGCCAUGAGAGGGUUCAAAGACUGUUAACAAAAAAGAAAGUCUAUGGGAACUCGAAAUUUCAUUUUUUAAAUGUUACCCCAAGAUUUUCUCCAAGAAAUCACUGUUUUGUAUUUUGUAACUUAAAAGCAGCUAUUAGUACAUUUCUGAGAUAUAGCAGGAGACCAAAACAUGUUUGGAAAGAGAAUAAAUAUAUGAAGAGAGACUGGUUGGUUUAUUUUCAAUGUGCUGAAUAUAUUAGACUACUAUUUAUUUUGUGAGUGGAUGUGAUAAAAUAAAUAUUCAGGUGUUUAGUGUAUGAUUAAGAGUGAUAUAUAGAUUUCUUUGGAGUUAUUAAAUCCAUCAUGUCUUUUACAUAAUGGACAAAUCAAGUUUUAAAAAAAAAACAUUUACAUAGCUUAGCUUGUUUUCUGGUGCUGUUGACCUGCAAGAGAAUCUACUUUUGCAUAUACAGGUGAAAGUUUUGCAAUUUAUGUAUAAAAGAAAUUGUAGGCAUUAAAAAUAUUUUAUUGA